CGCUGACGUCAUCGGGGAACGGAGUGUAAAGAGGCGUGGACUUCCGCGUCAUUGGGCGUGACCGAAUGUGCUAGGCUAGUAUGCUAAGGUGCCUGCGCUUGUUCCUGUUGCCAUUUCGCAUCCGAAUUUGCCUGUCCGUCGUCACGAGCCCUUGCCGCAGAAGAAUGCGUCCAUCAUGUCUCUGCAGGACAUGCUCCAGGACCGCAUAGGCGUGGCCAAGGCCUUGUGUCAACGCGCUGAACAAAUCGAUCCGGCCGUGGAAGGACGCGGAAAACUGUGCGGCAAACUCCGGGCCGAGCUCUGCUUCCUGCGCCGCGUGGAAGGCGGCCGGCUGCCCUUCAAAGAGUGCCACCUGCAUAGCACCAACCUGACCCACCUGACCGCUGUGCUGGAGUCGGCCGAGAGUCUGGAGGGAGUGGUCGCCGUGCUGCACGUGAUCUCCUACCGGGACGCGGUCGGACACAGGCAGACGCUGGUGGUGGACGUGGUGGCCAACGACGGGCGCACGUGGGUCAAGGCGGUGGGCAGGAAAGCCGAGGCCCUGCACAACAUCUGGCAGGGUCGCGGCCAGUACGGCGCCAAGAGUCUCGUACGGCAGGCCGAGGACUUUGUGCUCGCCAGUCGCCAGCGGCCCGUCCAGUACGUCCACCCGCAUGUGGUCUUCGCCUUCUACAACGGCGUGUCGAGCCCCAUGGCGCAGCGCUUGGAGGAAAUGGGCGUUGCCGUCCGCGGGGACAUCGUGGCCGUCAACGCCGUGCCGGCGGGGGACGACGGCGAGGAAGACGAGGAUGACGAGGAGCGGGCCAAGCCGAGCCGCGUGGAUCGUGACACUGUGCUGGCCAGCCUGGCGUUCCCGGCGCAGGUACGUGCCGAAGAGUGUGGCCGCGUCAACCUUGACAUCACCACGCUUAUCGCGUAUGUGUCGUCACUGAGCCACGGUCGCUGCCAUCUGGCCUUCCGCGAGCCCGUCCUGACUGAGCAGGCGGCGCAGGAGCGGCGCCAGCAGGUGCUGCCGCUCCUGGAUGCUUUCAUGGCGGGCAAGGAGUUGUACGCCUGCCACGCUGCAGUCCACGACUUUCAGCUCAUCCUGGACACGCUAGGUGGGCCCGGCGAGAAGGAGCGUGCCCGCCAGCUACUGGCCCGCCUGCGCCUGGUGGACGACCGGCCGUCGGAGCGAGCCACGGCGCUCGCGCCCAGCGCCAAAGUCAACCGCCGCUCGCUCUUGAUCUUCGGCACCGGGGACUCGCUGCGGGCCAUUACCAUGACGGCCAACAGCCGCUUCGUCAGAGCGGCGGCCAAUCAGGGCGUCCGUUUCAGUGUCUUUGUGCACCAGCCAAGAGCGCUCACCGAGGGGAAAGAGUGGAGGGCCACGCCCAUCCAAAGUUAAGCGUCAGUGUCUUUUAUUUUCCCUACGAACAGGAACAUUUUCAAUCAUUAUUGUUUUGUUUUUUUUUUCCCUGCACAAAUAAAGCAUCUGGGUCGGUUUA